AAGCGCGGCUCACACGGUUUCAGCGGCUGACGGUAAGGAUGGCCGGGUUUAGGGAGCUAGGUCUGUCCUCGUGGCUCGUAGAACAAUGUCGGCAGCUGGGUUUGAAACAGCCCACACCCGUGCAGCUCGGUUGCAUCCCCGCCAUCCUGGAAGGUCGGGACUGCCUAGGCUGUGCCAAGACGGGCAGUGGCAAGACAGCAGCGUUUGUCCUGCCCAUUUUGCAGAAGCUCUCUGAGGAUCCCUAUGGCAUCUUCUGCCUCGUUCUGACACCCACCAGGGAGCUGGCCUACCAGAUUGCAGAGCAGUUCCGGGUCCUGGGGAAGCCUCUGGGCCUAAAAGACUGCAUCAUCGUUGGCGGCAUGGACAUGGUGGCCCAGGCCCUGGAGCUCUCCCGGAAACCACAUGUGGUCAUUGCCACGCCUGGGCGCCUGGCUGACCAUCUUCGUAGUUCCAACACCUUCAGCAUCAAGAAGAUUCGCUUUCUGGUGAUGGAUGAGGCAGACCGACUGUUGGAGCAGGGCUGCACUGAUUUCACUGUGGACCUAGAGGCCAUCCUGGCAGCUGUGCCGGCCCGCAGGCAGACACUGCUCUUCAGUGCCACCCUCACUGACACACUCAAGGAGCUGCAGGGCCUGGCCACCAACCAGCCCUUCUUCUGGGAGGCUCAGGCCCCGGUGUGCACAGUAGAACAGCUAGACCAGCGCUACCUGCUGGUGCCUGAGAAGGUCAAGGAUGCCUACUUGGUCCAUCUGAUCCAGAACUUCCAUGAUGAGCAUGAGGACUGGUCCAUCAUCAUCUUCACCAACACGUGCAAGACUUGCCAGGUCCUGUGCAUGAUGCUACGCAAGUUCAACUUCCCCACUGUGGCUCUACAUUCUAUGAUGAAACAGAAAGAACGCUUUGCUGCCUUGGCCAAGUUUAAGUCCAGCAUCUAUCGGAUCCUGAUCGCAACAGACGUGGCUUCCCGGGGCCUGGACAUUCCCACAGUGCAGGUGGUCAUCAACCACAACACCCCAGGGCUCCCAAAGAUCUACAUCCACCGAGUUGGCCGGACAGCCCGUGCAGGGCGACAGGGACAGGCUAUUACACUGGUGACACAGUAUGACAUCCACCUGGUACAUGCCAUCGAAGAUCAGAUCAAGAAGAAGCUGGAGGAAUUCUUGGUGGAGGAGGCUGAGGUGCUGCAGAUUCUCACGCAGGUCAACGUGGUGCGGAGGAAAUGCGAGAUUAAACUUGAGGCAGCCAACUUUGACGAAAAGAAGGAAAUUAAUAAGCGGAAGCAGCUGAUCCUAGAAGGGAAGGACCCUGACCUGGAGGCCAAGCGAAAGGCUGAGCUGGCCAAGAUCAAGCAGAAGAACAGGCGCUUCAAGGAGCAGGUGAAGCACACAUUGCAGCAGCAGAAGGCUGGUGGGGCUGGCCGCAGGGGCCAUCUACCCAGGGCCCGGCCUGAGGCCCAUUCAGCCCCAGCAUCCACCCAGGGCCCAGCCUGAGGCCCACUCAGCCUCUGCUUGCCCAGCCUGAGACUCCUUCAUCAAACUGAGGAUUUGAGAGUCAAAGGGUCUUCCUUUAUUGACAGUUUCCCCCUCCCAACCUGCCCAGCCCCUCUCAGUGGAGCCCAUGGACACCCAUGUUGUGCAGUAUAUGGUUCUCUACCCUGUGGUCCCAGCUGGCCCUUUCUUAGAGCCUUAGUGAAAAGUCAGGCUGUAAAGGAAGGAACACUGGCCAUGUGGUUGGGCCCAUCUCCAUAAACAGUAACUCCAGCCCGGGGUCACUGCAGGGGGCUGCCAUGGGACCCAAAAGUGAAGGUUUUUGCAGGAGAUACUCAAUAAAUGGAUCUUUCAACUUA